AUGGCAAAAGAAAAAAGUUAUAACCCAGCACAUGAGUUUCAUAAAAAAAGAAAACAAGAUUAUAUCAAGAAGGCAAAGGCAGAAAAACAAAGACAUCGAGAUGAAAAGCUUGCAAAAAGGGAUCCUGCCAAAAUCGAAACACAAAUAUUAGAGCUUAAGAGUCUUGAACAGAAAGGACAAUUGAGUGCAUUAGAUCAAUCAAACCUUGCCAUACUUGAAUCAGAUCUUAAAAGAAUCCGAAAAAUCCGUAAACAUUUAGGGCCUAUUAUAGAAAGUGAAAAAACAAAAGCAAAAGAAGCAAAAGAAGCAAAGCAACAACAAAGAAUACCAAAAAAUCCAAAAAAAAGUAUUUAUUAUGACCCUAUUUACAAUCCCUAUGGCGUUCCCCCACCAGGAAUGCCAUAUAAGGAGUGGAGUAGUAUGGAGGAUAGUGAUUCAUCAUCCGAGGGCCCACCAACACCAAACUCUGUUGCAGCAAUUCCUAUGCCAGAGGGAUCACCACCUCCAUCUGCAUGUUUGAAUAAAAAAGAGAAACAGCAUCGUCAAAAAUAUUCCAAACAUCAAAAACAAAUCAUAGGGGAAAACAAUAUAUCAGAUUCUCUAAAUCAUCCAAAAAAACGGAUUAAAAGUGACGAUUCCGUAAAAAAAUCAUCGCCUAUGCCUAGACCAACCAUUGUCUAUACAGCGGAUUCAAUAUUACGAAAUCUUAAAAAAGAGUCUAUUGCAUUUGUCCCUACAGCAGUCAGACACAAAUCAGCGGCAUUAAAACACAGUUCGGCGUCUAAAAAGUCUAAAGAAAAUACAGUGCAAACUCCUACUUUCAAACCAAGGCAUUUUACUCAUAUUAAUCCAGCACCUGACGUACAAGACGAUUUAUAA